AUGUCGCAGGCCUUACUGUCUAUGUCCACCAUCACGAACAUGGCUGCGCUCCCCGCAUUUGGGGGCCUCAGUCUGGUCCAGCUGAGUGAGAUCCUCGAUCGCUCACUCGAUACAAGACUUGGACGCGACCUAUCAAGCACCCCUGCGAACCUCUCACGGGUGGUCUACAUCCCCAGACACAGGGACAUCACUGUCCAUCUUCCACUGUACGAUGUGUCAAGCACCUACUUUGAUGCUGUCAAGAAGGAGCCGAUAGGAAGCAGCAAGUACAAGCUGAACCUUGCCAUGAUGAGAAGGCCAAGCGGAGAUGGAACAGAUGGCGAGGUGCGUUACCUUGUUGAUUUCCAGGAGGAUGCCAAAGAAAAGACUGUGGUAGUCGAGCGCAGAGUGCCCACACAUAACGGGGAAAUAGUCAGCAUAGAGCACGGUGCUCUCCGAUACACGCUCGUCGACACAAGCGUAGAGCCUACAGAUGGCAAGCCAGUCGUGCACGCCAUUUACCACCACGCUGGAAUCGCUUUUGCCCUGCCCCACGAUUACAGCGAAGGCGUUCUUCUUCUAUCGGGAGAUCUCAAUGAUGAAGCAGAGGCGUUGGCUGUCACGACCCUGCUGGGUCUGCUGGAACGAGUUCGCCAGGUUAACCAGCCUGCACCCCGACCGAGAAAGAAGUCUCUGGUGAAGAGGGUCCUGGGAAAGAUUUGA